GACGCAACGCUUAAUACAGACACUGACCUAUUACAACAUAGGGAACUAACGAAUCGCGAUAAAACAAAGCACACGCUGCUCAAAAGUCUUGAGUGUACAUGAAAACCAAGACGGCAGAUACCUAACGGUGCACAUUUUAACAAGUAGGACCAAUUUUUAUCCAUCGGGAAAGAGACAUAUACCACUAGAUCAUCCCUGAAUGAAACGUUAAAGCAAUUCACAAUGCAUAACUUUCAAAAACCUGAAAAUGCCCUCAAAAGGGCGGCCGAAUUGAGAGCUGUCGGCCAAAGUGAAGAAGCAUUGCAGACACUACACUCAGCUAUCGGACAUCGAUCAUUCAAAUUACAAGGAUGGGACAUGGUACAAGAACAAAUCAUGAUGGAGUACGUAGCACUAUGUAUCUCACAAGAUAAACUACGCAUGGCCAGAGAUGGAUUACACCAAUACAGACUAGUGGCACAGCACGCAAACGCUACAUCACUGGGCAAGGUUGUGGUCGAGCUUCUAGACCACGCUGAAGAACGACUUAGACGAUUCAAAGCCGAUAUUGCAGCUGAUGCCACUAAAGCAGAAAACCUGGAAAAAACACAAAUUAGUGCAGGAUUUGAUGCUGAAUAUGGUGAGGCACCCGAGGAAAUCAUGGCGUUCACACUGCAACUAGAAGUGCGCGAUGCAACAGCACGACAACUUCAAAAUGUAUACAGAUUCUUAUGGGAAACGUAUAAAAUGAUCUUGGAUAUUAUGAGAGCAACGCCAAAGCUAGAAAGAGUGUAUCACGAUACCGCACGAAAAGCUAUACAGUUCUGCAAAGAAAAUGGAAGGCUAUCAGAAUUUAAAAGGUUGUGCGAAGUGCUGCGAGCACAUAACGCAUUCCUCAUGAAGGUUAAACAUAAACCCGAAAUGGAAUGUAUGCUUAAACCGGAAUUACACAUAGAAACGAGAAUUAAUCAACUCGUUGCAGCAUGUGAUAUGUCACUUUGGAAAGAAGCAUUCAACACAGUGGAAGACCUAUACAUGUUAGGAAUAAGAGACUAUAUCGCCAAAACAUUCCAGGGAUCUGUUUCAGUACUUGGACAGCAAAGAGAAAAACUGCUCAAAUGGCUUGCAAUAUUCUACGAAAAACUUGCUCUCAUAUUCCUAGUUGCCGAUCUGCAUCUCUUCCACGCACUUGCCGUACUGAGGUACGUUAUGCACAUUCGCAUGUACAAGAAAAAGGUUGCACCUGAAGAUGUACAAUACAUGUGCUCCAAAGCAGUUAUGGCAGUACUAGCUGUACCCGAACAUAGCAAAAAUGAGUCAGAAACCGGUGAUUUGAUGUCGUCACUAUCCACUUCUGUAUAUGAAAUGCAAAAGAGGAUGGCGUCAUUACUAGGUUAUAACACAAUACCCACGAAAGAAUCCCUGCAUUACGCACUCACCAUGAAGAAUAUACUACCCAUGGCCGAUGAAAAUACUAAGAAACUAUAUGAUCUCAUGCAAGGAAAGGGGACUGUAUCUAUGCAACUUUGCAAACAAGUGUUGCCACUGCUAAAGGAAACUGAAGAACCCGCAUCGGCAGCAACAAGUACACCAACAACAAAUCUGCUAUACAAGGCCGAGAGGCAGGUGCCUAACCCAGUAGUGGUCAAGUUCUUCGACAAACUGUCUAACUACUAUCCAAUGAUCAAGGCAGUGAUAUACCAUAAAGUGCUGAAUAGUAUAUCAAAUGUCUAUGCUACAAUGACUAUUGAUUUCUUCGUAAAAGCCAUAUGCCCGGAGGAGUUCUACCCGUGGAACGUGGCUGAAAAGUCUAUCGCAGACUUGGUACAACGUGGAUUGUGCCAUAUUAGGCUAGAUUACUCUAACGGAGUUCUGUAUUUUAACGCAUCCAAAGGAACAGUGGACUCAAUAGCCGCAGUAAGGCAUCACCUUACGAAUCUGGGACGCAACUUGUAUCACGCAAUGAGGAUUAUCGACCCUAACUACACAAAGAAUACCGAAGAUCGCCAUCUACAGAUGCUCUCCAUGAAAAACAAUAUCGAAAAGGAACGACAGAAGCUAAUGAAACGCACUUCUGAGAUAUACCAACGUAGACAAGAACACCAAGAGGAAAUGCUAAGAGCUGAAGAAGAACGUAAGAGACAGGAGAUUGAACAGAAGAUACUAGAAGAACGCGCUGAAAAGGAACGUCGGGAAGAAGUACUCAGACAAAUGGAAAACCAACGCAAGAAGGAUGAAAAGAUGAAGAUGAAAAUGGAAACUGCACAACAAAUGCUGGAAGCUAUUAGAAAACUUGGUGGAGGACAAGCAUCUAAGAUUGUUAUUAAAGGAAAGACACUUGCGGAAAUCAAUGUGGAAGAUGUUAUGGACGGCUUUGUGGAUUUCGAUGAUGUAGAAAAGGCACAAGAGGAACUGAAAUUAAAGGAAAGACAGGAAAUCGCAAAACAACGCAGAGCAGAAAUCAAACGAUUGGACCACUACGUUAGAGCACUUAGGGAACACCAACAAGAAUUAUACGAAAGUUGGAAGAAACAAGUACUAGAGGAAGAUACCAAGAAGCUGUUGGAGAUACAACAAAAACGUGAGGCUAUGUGGAAAGCAGAUACAGAAAUCUUAAAGGAACAAAAGAACGCACUGAUAGAAGCGAUACCGGAAAAGGAAAAGUGGAUCAACGAUACCAUGGCAAGACGACAGGCAAUAUACGAUGCUGAAAUCGAAGAACAACGCAAACGCUUCACUGAAAUACUGAUCAAAGAUAAAAUACAAAGAGCACGUGAAAGAAGAGAUUAUGAAUUGCGCAGGCAAAAGGAGUUAGAAGAAGAAAGGAUACGUGAAGAAGAACGUAUGCGCCGUGAAAUGGAAGAAAAACGAAAACAAGAGGAAGAAGCAGAAAGAAAACGCAAACUAAUGGAAAUCGCUGAAAAACAAAGAGCUAAAGAACUGGAGAUACAACGUAGAUUGGAUGAACAGGCUGCCAGAAAAUCAAGGACAUUAACCACAGCACCGGUACCGGAAAUCAGGCGUCCGGAACCAAGAGGAAAGACACAAGUUAGCGAAGAACCAGAAAUGUGGAGAUCUGAUUCGAAGAAAUCUGAUACAACAGCCAAAACAGGAUCGACCUUCGACAGCGAUAAAUCGCGCAAAUACAAAGCGUUCCCACAGAGAACACGCGAGUCAACAGCAAAACAAUCAGAUGACUACGACUCGUGGAGACGAUGAGCUGCACACAAGCUCAAAAUAAUACCCUAAUAAUUAUAGCUAAAUACG